UCGGUUGAUAGAGUAGUUGCACUGGUUAGAAAUAGUUUACAAACAAAGCGUACUUACUGGUGCGGUGAUGUCUAGUAAUCAAAUCCAUGGAAAUCAGCCACAACUGAACAAUCGUGAAAGACUGACCUACCCGGUGCUGGCAGAGCCGGACCCAAUUAGAACCAUCGAUGACCUGUACCGAAGCAUUCAGCAGGAGAUUCAAUACUACAAGCAGGAACACGAAACAAUUAAAGCGGAUCUGAAGCGAUUACUGCAAAGCAAUCAAAUUGGAUGUUCGCUGGGUAAUUUGCUGCCCGGCAUUGAUGGCGAGAACAAUAACGAGGAAAGCGGCCAAUUUGACCAGGAACAAUUUAAGCGAGUCUCGAACGAAGUGAUUAAUAAUUUAAAGAAUCAACUGGAUUUAGUUUGGCAGGAAAAAAAUACAUUCGAAAGCCUGUGGAAAAGCUCUCAGAAGACAAUCCAAAUACUGGAACUGGAAAUAGGCGAAUACCGCCGGCAGCUGAAACAGCCGAAAAGUAUACACGACUUGCGGCAGCAGUACACGGCGGCACUCCAGCUGCUAGAGCAGAACUUACUAACGCUGCGCUCGAAAUUGAAUCAACGAACCGAGGAAAACAAACGCCUGGAGGCAGUCGGCGCAACCGAACGGGACCGUUUCGAAGCUCUGGAGCGGGAUUAUACCGCACUGCAGUCGGAAACCCGCCAGCUCCAAGCCACCGUUGAAGAGACCCGUGAAACCGAAUCCCGGCUAACGGCCGAACUGGAGCGGGCCAUGAAGGAAAAGGCCGACCUGGAGGCGCUGCUGGAUCAGGCGAACGCGCUGGCUCGGCGCCACAUGGGACGGGAAAAUCUUGCACUGAUCAAAGUGCAGGAAGCCCUCCAAAUUGCCGAUACGGUAAUAGAGGAGAAAAAUUCACUGCUCCUGCGGGAGGAAGGCGUCCGGGAGGAGUGUAAUUUUCUCGCAUCCACCAUCGGGCAGGUCAUGGAGGAGGCGGCUCGCAAAGUCGAACUGGAAAUGAAUGCGCUGAAGGUGGGCUACGAAAGUCGUCUUGGGGCACUCGAAAAGCAACUGGAGCAGCGGAAGGAAUUGCUGGAAAUACAACAGCAGAAAACCAACCAGGCGGAAACACGGGCCGCCACACUCGAGGACAAAUUUAAAAGUAUGAUCGUAACGAAUCAGAGCUUGGAUGCGGACCUACACGCGGCAUCCAAAUUAAUUAUUGAAAUGGAGCUAAAAAUGGAAGCAUUUCAAAAGACGAUGGCCAAGGAACGAGAAAUCAGCAGAACAAGCCAGAGCCGGGAGCAGGAGCUGAAGAAACUGCUGGAAACCAACCAGGAUCUGCAGGAACGCUGGAAGAGUGAGAUGGUGGCGUUGACCGAUGAGUUGCAGCGAAAACUGAAAGCACUUCGACGGGAAAAUUGCAUGCUCAAGGCGGAAAACAAUCAAUUAAAGGAUCAGCUAUUGAAGGCAGCGACCGAGGACCGUGAGCUAAAUCUCAACCAGCUACAGUAGUAGAGAAGAGGAAACCGACAGACAGGCACAGGUCGAUUGAGUGAAACUAUUUCAUCAUUGCUGGAAUCAGCGUUAUCAGCGCAUCGUCAUCAUCAUCAUUAUCAUCAUAAGAAUCAUCAUAAUCAUUUUCAUUUCAGAUAGGGUCGUUGUUUCUCUUGCUCAAUAUAGGAUAUUGGGGAAAUGAGUUCAGCACACGUUGGGGGUUGAGUAUUAAAUGUAUUUUCCAGCUGCAUUCUAGUGGCGUAAGAAACUUCGAGAUUCUCCUCGUUCGAGGCUAGGCGGUACUUGCAUUUUGAGUGUUUGUUUAAAAUAUGUUUAUAAUAAAGCCUUUUUUUUAUUGUACUUGAUAAAUUCAUUCCACCUAUCUUCGAAUAUAGUCGAAUUAUUUUCGAUAAAUUCUGGGCUCAGAUGUUUAAUGGACCAUUAAUAAAACAUGUAUCGCAAAAAUUGCCCAAAAUUGACUCCCUCUUCCUUCAUGUGACAAACAAAAUUGUCGGUAGUGUGUAUAUUUUCUUA